AUGAACCACAUAACCUCCCCAAAUGAGCCCUUUCCCACCCCCGACGCCCUCGCGGCGGCAACGACCUCGCACACGCAAUCCCGCUUUCGCAUCUCUACACGCAAACUCCCAAUCUCCAAAGCCGGGCCCAUUGACGAGAUGACGGCCUCACUCGGAAUCCCAGUCCCAGAAAUGAUCUUUGGCGACAACCUCGUCAGCAUCGAGCAUGUCCCUACAGGCUGGUCCAUCUCGUUCAACGCCUACGACGCACUCGACAGCGUCGACAAGACAGACAAGAAAAUGCUCAAGGUGGCGUACGCCAAGGACUGGUCAUCCUCCAGAGAAAAGACGAGCGCGGGAAUUAAAGAGGUGGUUAAGCCAUACGACUGGUCCUACUCGACCGAAUACGCCGGCACGCUCAAGGAGCAGGGCGGAAAGAACUUGCAGAAUACAACGACCAAGGAGAUCCCUCUCGAGCUUCUGAAACGCCGCGACCCGAUUCUGUUCUUUGACGACGUGGUCUUGUUCGAGAGCGAGCUUGACGAUAACGGAAUCUCCAUCGUGAGCGUCAAGCUGCGCGUCCACGAGAAGCGCAUGCUCUUGCUCUGCAGGCUGUUCAUGCGACUUGACAACGUCAUUGUGCGAAUUCGCGACACGAGAGUCUAUGUCGACUUUGAGACGGAUGAAGUCAUUCGGGAGUAUACGGCCAAGGAGGACAACUUUGCCAGCGUGAAGAGGUCACUAUUCAUGGAGGGUCGGUUGCCGGAUGACAUUACUAUUGCAUUGCGCGACCCGAACUUGCUCAUGAACCUGCUGCCCACGGUCGAGCGGCAGGUGCAGACCGUUUCUCUAAAGCAAUGA